GGUUCGUCACGCUCAGGCGGCUUGUCCUCCAACAUCCAGCAGAUCGCAGGCCAAGUCAACACGAUGCUCAACGUCUUCCACAUCCUCGAACUUCCCAAACAUGGGGACGGAUUCACACUCGCUGCUUCAAGCUCAUUGACAGAAAGUUCCCCUGAAGAUGGGUCAGCUUCACCUCUUCGAAAACUCGUGCGGUUAGAGACCGACGUUGAUAUCGCGUCUGCUUCUAGAGACAGAGCUUCUACCCUAAAGUCGCGUGUUGGUAGUGGUGUCGUGAAGAUGCAGAUAUUGGGAGAUUUUGUUAACAAACCCAAGACGUUACCUUCAAAAGACGACCGUAGCAUUAUCAAACGUUUCUUGAAGAUGAUCUUGACUCGUGAAACCGACUAUACUCCUACUCGCUUACCUGAUACUUACCAAGGAAUCUAUAACCGCUGUCGGGCGGUCGUCUGCAAGCAAAGUCGAGGCGGAGAUCUUUAUAACGAUAUAAAACUCGAGCUGGAACAAUGUAUGAUCCGUCUCGCUCGGCAACUAAUGGCGUCGACGCACGGUGUCGAAUGGAUCCAAUUGUUGGUUGAAGUUUGUGAUUGGUACCAUGACCAAGAGAAUAUUCUGCGCUGGACCCUCUCUUUCGUCGAUCAAGUAUACGUGCCAACGGUGAAGGGGUUGAGCAACCUACAUGAUCUCGCUCUCUCAAUGUUCAACGCAAAGAUGUUCGAAGACCAGGCGAUCGAACAGCUCCUUAGCCAAAGCAUAACCAUGUGGGCCAACGAUGAGCGUCAAAAUAGGAAACCACACCCCCUUCGUGGAAACAUCACAAAACUCUUCAACUACCUCAAUCUUCAUGGCCAAUACCCGCGCUUUGAGAACAUGUAUCUGGCUUCCACUGAGGCAUACUACAAAGCGGAAUCCAAGACGAAGGCAGAUGAACUUCGGGAUUUUCCUGAUCAGUUCAUGAAACACGCUCUUACUUCGAUUGAUAUGGAGGUUGAGCGUACGAAAGAGAUUUUCCUUCCUAUGAGUUGGAGUGGGAUCAAAGAGGUGACUGAACGAUCGUUGAUGGAGGAGAGGACGCAAUGGCUUGCGGAGACUGCUGUCACUCAAUAUCUGAAUACGAAAGAUAUGGAUGCUCUAUUGAAGAUGUAUGAUCUCUACGUUCGAAUUGAACGUAAGAAGCAGUUAUGUGUUGCUUUUGGGAUGUAUUUCCGAGACGAAGUCAAACGUAUCGUUCUCGAUCCCGAAACCACCAUGGUUGAAAGACUCUUGACCACCAAAGCUCUCGCCGAAAGCGCAGUCAACACUGUAUUUCUUGUCGAGUCCGAGCCUCAGGUUCAACCUGAAAACCCCUCUUCCUCUGCUUCUAGUACUAGUGCCCUCCCACGGAAAAAACCAGAUCAGGACUUUGUACACGCUUUACACGACGCUUUCACACUCGGAUUCCGAGCACGUAGGAUGAAACCAGCCGAAGCGCUCGCUAAACAUCUUGAUAAGAUUCUUCGAAAGGGACAAGGGAACUUGAGUGAUUCUGAUUAUUGGGAGGGGUUGAAUAAGGUGUUGGGACUUUGUCGGUAUACGGAUGAUAAGGAUGUGUUUAGGAGGUUUUAUCAUCGACAGUUGGCGAAGAGGUUGUUGAUGCAGAGGAGUGCGUCGGAUACGUUUGAGAAGAGGAUGUUGAAGAUGUUGAGGGAUAAAUAUGACCCGGAAUUCGACGAUGCGCAGAAUAUGUUCACUGAUUUGGAUUUGGCGCGAGAGAUGAUGGCGGAUUAUCAUUCGAAGUUGAGGGAUGAUAGUCCGGGACGAAGGCUAUAUGUGACAGUGCUCCAGACGAGUGCAUGGCCGUUUCCUACACCUGAGAAGGCUGUUAUUUUACCACACGAGAUGCAAGCAGAGUUAAAGGCGUAUGAUGAAAAUUACUACCAGAAGAGACACCCGAAACGGAAGCUGACUUGGGAUCACUCCUUGGGUACUAUGGAAUUGAAAGCUCGGUUCGGGGGUACUUUGAAGGAGCUUUCUGUUAGUAUGUACCAAGGAGUCGUGUUGUUGUUGUACAACGAGAUAAGUGAGAUGGGAUUUGUAGAGAUUAAGGAGGCUACUGGCAUUGCUGAUGACGAUCUCCGACGUACGCUCCAGAGCUUGGCGUGUGGGAAGAAGAGAGUGUUGAAGAAGGUUCCGAUGAGCGCUGAAGUCAAAGAUGACGAUGUGUUUCAGUUUAAUGAUGGUUUUGUCGAUUCUCGGUCGAAGAUCCACAUUAAUUCGAUUCAAGCGAAGGUUUCGAUCAAAGAAUCCCAAAAGACCCAAGAAUCCAUCGAAGGAGAUCGGAAACACGUUAUCGACGCUGCAGUUGUUCGGAUUAUGAAAGCGAAGAAGGAGAUGGCUUUUGAGCCGUUGGUGAAUGAGACGAUUGAUGCUGUUAAGAAACAUUUUGCGCCGCAGGUUCCGAUGAUCAAGAAGAGGAUUGAUUCGUUGGUUGAGGAAGAGUAUUUGGAGAGGAGUGAGAAGGAUAGGAAUGUUUUUAGGUAUUUGGCUUGAGGUGGCUUUUGUGUGGAUCUGUGAUAUGUACGCUUUGAAAACUUGUGUUUAGCGAA